AUGAGUGAAGGUAGUUAUUUUCCUGAUUAUUUUUCUAUUGAAGAUAUUAUGGUUACUCAAGAAAAAGUUCCGUGUGUAACUGUUGUACCAUUUUCAUUGACAGGUUUUUCUAUUGAAGAAAAUGAUGAUAAGCACAUUGAUGAAAAUGUAACAAUAAACGUUCCUUUGUGGCUGGCUAAAAAACUAUGCAGUCGACAAAUUAAAUAUUUAAAAGUAGAAGUACCUGAAAUGUUCAAACAGCAUAACAUAGAUGCAUAUGAAGCUGAUCCAAGGAUUAUCGAUUUAUACAGAAUCAAUCCUUAUUUUUUCGAAUAUGGCAUGAUUUAUUCGCAAAUACCCCAUAAAUUUGGAACAAAAAUUAGAGAAAUUCUUCAAAAGAUGGGCAAGGAAAGAUUUAAAAAAAUAUUAAAUUGGGUCAUGCACGAAAUGAAAGAUCCUUGGAAAAUGCAAGAGUUGGAUUUAUCAGAGCAAAGAAUUUUGAAAAAUGGACUUAAAGGAAUGGAUAUGCUUAAUGAAUGGCUACAUCAAACUCAGUUAAAAAUAAAACCGUCAGAUGUGGUAACUCGAUUAAAUAGGAGUAAAGCACUUGAUAGCAUUUAA